UGUGUGUAUCUGUGAGGGCGCCAGCCUUGUUUGUAUGCCAGUCCUGACAAAAGCUCCAACCAGCCGUGCAGCAGAGGGCUGCUUGUUCCCAAAGACCCUCAGAGCCCCGGACAGCCAGUUCCUCUGCUGCCUGCAGCCCAGAAGCAGCUGCCCUGUCAGGGAUCCGGAGCCUCAGCGUACCAUCGCCCCUCCUGGAGCUCUGCUUGGAUUACCAAUGGAUGGGACAAACAGAGAGGAGUGUUCAAAGGGAGUUUGAGUGUUUGGGGAGGAGGAGAGUUUGGAUCUCCUAAAGAUCUCAGCCGGAUCAACUUCAGCUGUCAACUUUUCCUCCUGAAUAAGGAUCUUUAUAUUUGACCCCAGCUGAUCUUUUUGUUCCCGUUUCCGGUUGGAGCUUGAUUGCACAUUGAAGUCUUGCUGAAAGGACUUUAGAGAAUAAAGCUGAAUUAAAGAGUUCUGCUUUCAGUUGGACUUAAAUAUUUGAAACUUCUUGAUCAUGGCGCAGUCACUUGUGUUUUGGCUGUGUCUUUUCCUCCCGCUACACUUUAUUCACGCUAAGAGCGGUGAGCUGUUGAACAAACAGCAGAGCAAUUCCCAUAUUACAGCCCCACCAGAGAGGAGCAGGAAGCAGCUACAACCUGUAGACGAUGCCUACAACCCUGGUGAGAGGCCCCCUCUACCAGACAUGGUGGAUCUGGACCUGGACCAGCGUCUCCGCCUGGUCCGCGGCGCGGAUGAGGAUGAGCAGCAGUCCACCUUCAGUCAUUCGUUUGAGAACGAGUGGGUGACGACGCCCCACGUCACAGACUUCAGUAACUCGACAAAGGUAGAAAACAACAACGAGAACAACCUGAAUACAAACACCUCCAGCCCAGAUGAUGAUGGCACAGGUCUCCAUAACCCGUUUUAUCCACUGGUGGAGAGUUCCUACGUGGCCUAUGGGGUUCUCUUCCUGGCUGGCCUGAUACUGGCGGUGGGUGUGGUGGCCAACAUGGCGGUCAUGUGUGUCAUUUGGAACAACUACUACAUGAGAUCCGCCUGGAACUACCUGCUGGCCAGCAUAGCAUUCUGGGACUUCCUGGUCCUGGUGGUCUGCCUUCCCGUGGUGGUGUUCAACCACCUGUCCAACAGGAGGAUCCUUGCUGACAUCACGUGCUGCAUGGUGCCGUACAUGGAGGUGGUGUCUCUGGGAAUGACCUCCUUCACUCUUUGUGCUCUGGGCAUUGACCGUUUCCAUGCCGCCACCUCCUCCCCUCAGCCGAAGGCCCGGCGGGUGGAGCGCUGCCGCUCGGUGCUGCUUAAGAUGUUGCUGGUUUGGUUCUCGGCGCUGCUGCUGUCCAGCCCAGAAAUCUUCCUGUGGCAGCUGAGCCAGGCGGUGUCGGCCUCCACAGGCAGGGUGGUGGACUCCUGCACCAUCACCCCAUCCUCUCCACUGUCCCUCUACCUGCCCGAUUCCCUCCACUCCCUGCUGCUCAGGUACCACCAGGGUCGUAUGUGGUGGAGUUUCGGCUGCUACUUCUGCCUCCCCGUCCUCUUCACCGUCCUCUGCCAAAUGGCCACCCGAAACGUUAACAGCGACUCCAGCUCAGCCCAGAAGAAGCGUAACCAUGACGACCGGUCCAACAGCCAGAAGCAUCAGCAGCACCAGGCGGUGGAGCAGCAGCUGAACUGCACCCUGCUGGCGUUGGCGGUGGUGUACGGAGUCUGCGCUCUGCCUGAACACGUCUGCAACAUCACCCUGGCCUACAUGCACAUCGCCAUCUCGGAAGGAACGGCGGCCAUUCUGGUGCUGUUACAUCACUUCCUCUUGUUCCUAAAGUGUGCGGUGACGCCGGUGCUGCUGCUGUGUCUGUGUAAGGCUCUGGGUCAGGCCUUCAUGGACUGCUGCUGCUGCUGCUGUCAGGAGUGCCAGCCAACUGCAGCCCAGGGUUCACCAGGCUCCGCCCAGAAGGCGCCCAACGAGACCACCAUCUUCUUUGACAAGGCUAAGGACUCGUCGGCCAUCUUGUCCAUUUCCAGCUAGAGCCACCUCAUGGAUCGUUUCCCUCUUUCUCUUAGAUUUAACUUCAAGGCUCCUUUGUUAUUGUUAACGUUUUCUUCUACAUGAUGUCUCCGACCUUCUCCAGGACCUUUCUUCAGCUCGUCUUUCUUUCACCUUUUCAGCCGGACGCUGUGUUGUGGUUGGGGACUCUGCAGCUUCCUGUCUCUGCAGGAACCAACGUUUGGUCGGUUAGAAACGUAACUCCUGCUCACACCGCGGGAACCUGUUUCCAGGACUGAACAAACUCCCGUCGAAGGAAAAACCUGGCAACUGUCUGUAGAUCAAAGUUGUUUGUUUGUUCUUAGUGAAAGUAAAUGAAGCUAAAUAGGAGCAGUAGUUUGUUUCUACGGACGUUUAGCUGAGUUAAGCUCUGCUGCUAAGAAAACAGUUUAUUAGACGACCGUCAGUAAAUGUAGAGUAGAGCUGGAAAAGUCCUCAUUAAUGAAAAAACCUGAUAAACAUUUCCUGUGUGACAUUUAUCCUGUAACUGUUAUCGUUCAAUAAAUGGAAGAUAAAAAAGAUAAACUAGAAA